CCCUCUCUCCAGAGAUGCUGCCUGUCCCGCCGAGUUACUCCAGCAUUUUGUAUCUACUACCUUCGAUUGAAACCAGCAUCUGCAGUUCUUUCCAAAGAUCUUAUAGCAGGCUCUGCUAUAGGAUCUUUGGUUCUUUCUGCAGUACACAUGUAUUUUGAAUUGCGCGGUUGUGUGUGCGAUGUCGCGAGGAGCCGUUUGGCAGCUGGCGAGAGCCGUCGGCGGUGGGCGGCAACAAAGAUGUCGGCCGAGCAGUUGCAGAGCGCAGCGAUGGAGGAGGUGCAGCAGCUGGUGAAGAAGAAGGAUACAAUGGAGGCGCAGAUCAAAGCUUACUACGACAUCUUGGAGGGGCAAAAACAUGCUGGAAUGGAUGGGCCAUUAGUUGAUGUCGAAGGAUAUCCGCGAUCGGAUAUUGAUGUUUACCAAGUUCGAACAGCUCGAUAUAAUAUCAUUUGUCUACAAAAUGAUCAUAAAGCCUUGAUGAAAGAGAUUGAGGAAGCACUGCACAAACUGCAUGCACGUGACAAGGAAAAGCAUAGACAAGAUGAGGCUGGGGCACAUGAAGAAACAAUGGAACAGGAAAGUCAAAUAUUACUUGCUUUUGCCAAAGUAGACACUGUUAGUCCAGGUUCGCCAGCCAGUAUGUCAGGUUUGCAGGUUGGUGAUGAAAUUAUAGAAUUCGGCUCUGUAAAUACACAGAAUUUCCAAAAUUUGCAAAAUAUUGCCAAGGUCGUCCAGCAUAGUGAAGGGAAACCCAUAAGCAUAACAGUCACUCGAAAUGGACAGAAUGUACACAUCAGUCUCACACCGCAGCAAUGGAGUGGAAGAGGAUUGUUAGGGUGCAAUAUUGUUCCUUUACAGAACUGAAUAUCAUUGAUUUCCCCACAGAAUAAGUCCUCACCUACAAAUUGCUAACUACAGAACUCUAAUCUCAAAAAAACAAAGCAAAACUGGAUCUUGAAACAUUAAAACAGCAACUUAUUUUACAGGUUUUCAAUAUGUCCAAUUUGAAUAUGCAGAAAAUGUUUUUUAUUUGAGCCGGGUAUAUCUUUACUUUGUUGUAUAAGUUUUUAUUCGUACGUGUUCUUUUUCGGUGGUAAUUUUAAAUCCUUUCAUCGUUUUCUGUCACCUUUUUAUUUGUCAGCUGGGAAUGGAUUUGUCACAAUUAAUGUUUUGGGACACUUGACAAAAGUGAUUAAAAUGUAAAUCGAGUUCUGCUGUUGUAAUAUUACUUUACUUCCAGCCCCACAUGGGGAGAAGGCAGUUUCUAAUUCCAGUCUUGGAUGAUUUUAAAAUCAUAACAUGGGCUGUCGUUAAAUUAUUGUGGUGCUUCAUAGGAGUUAGUGAGAUUAUAUACCUGCAUUGGGAUUGGGUCAAGUGUAAAAUGCUGCACAUUCAUACACUUAAGAAAUGCAUCUUUAUAAAGUAAAUUGCUAUUUUUUACAUAAAGUAAAUUUGCAAUAUUUUUUGGACUUUGAAAUGUAUUAAGCAUCACAGGUGUUUGAUAUGGCUACUUUUUGGUAUACUAAUUAAUUUUACCAGAUCGUUACACUUGAAGAAUUCUGAGUAUUUGUUUUUCAGGCAAAUAUAAUGUAGUUUGGGAAUAAAAUGCCAAACGAUUUAAGAAUAAAACAA